GCUGUCAUUUCUGCCACUUCUGGAAGAGAAAUUGGCGAAAAAACAAUCCCGGAGGGUAAAAUAGGAGCAAGAUCUUAUUGAAAUUUCCUAACGACAGUGUAAGCUGCACUAAGAAGUUAUGGCCGCUUCACCGUACGGGAGAGGACUUAUAGGGCUCAUCAAGCAAGGCUGCCAUGAGAUUCCCGAGGUGAUGGGUGCCUCUGCUCUGGGCAUAGUAAGCAUGUGCAUUGGCUUCGGUGCAUUGUACAAAUAUUACCAGAAAGACGGCGACAAUCGCCGAUACAAGUUCGAUUACGUUAUCAUGCGCUCUGAUGAUCCGCGGGCAGCUCGAGUCCACAAAGAUUGAUCUCCCUCAGGAGAAUCCGUGUAAUUUAGAUAAACAAAUGCAGUGAACUGUACAAAAUGUGUUUUAGGAUGAAUUCUUCUUCUUCAACUCUUCAAUGGUUUCCUGUAAGAGUUUUCUGCUGGUUGGAUCGUCUGCCCAAAACUUCUGUCUCUCUGCU